GCAAGAACGAACUAUGGGGAAGUUGCUACUCACAAGCGGGCAGGUGCAAGUCAUAGUUUCAUCAGCAUUCGUGGCAGGAAUCACCUUCUUCCUCUUCCUCGCAGGCUAUACAAUUCAGCAACACUCGAUCGCAAAUCUACAAUCUCAAUUGAAACCACGCAUUCCCAUCGCCCCUCUCUCAGACUCAGCACAACAACCACUACCAGGACCUCAACACCCGUCCCGUCUCUUCAAUGCAGAACAAAAUGCCAUCAUCGCCGACCACACCGACUCCCAGCAAGAAGCUCCUGUCGUGAAGUGGCAAAAACUUGCACAUGUCCAACUAGUGACCAACCAUCAUGACGUCUGCAACGCCAUCAUGCUCUUUGGCGACCUCGCCCGUUUGAAGUCUCCAGCAAGGCGCAUCCUCCUCUUCCCACAAGCAUGGGCAAUGGAGAAACAGGCCGCCAAACACGACAUGAUAGAUCCAUACAUGGACAGCACACGAAGACUCCUCCGUCGCGCUGCUCGCCGCUAUAAUGUUGAGCUCCGUCCCAUCUCAUCUUCUGCUGGCCAGGAGGGAGAUGCUUUCUCGAUAGCCAGUCUCUGGGGCUUGACGGAUCUAGAAAGAGUUAUGUUAUUACAAACACCGGGAUUAAUAAACGACGCAGAGGUCUUGGAUAAAGUUCUGGCAUACACAGAGUCUGCACCAAUGACACUACUCCAAGAAGAUACAAGCUCGAAUCUGGAAGCCAGCGAUCUCAUCCUGGCGACUCCAGCACGAGAAACCCACCGCCUGCUCACCCUCUCCAGCUCCAACAUCUCUACAACCUCUUCCCUACUCCAUCCUUCCUACCUCCCUCCGACCUCUCUCCUCACCAGUAUUGGCUCCCUCCACUCCGCCAUCCACCCAAACAAGACCUCUUUCCUCGACACACCCUACAUCCUCUUCCGCGACUCUAAACUCCCUGGUCCAGAGUGGGAGGUUGAGUACAAGAGAGUGGUAGAAGCUAGACCGAGGGACAAAGAUGCUGAUUGGUUGUGGACCAAGAUGUACGGCGAGUUUGCUGGCAGGAGAUAUGAGAUUUGUGGUUUGGGCUUGGAGAUGUGGCGGGAAGAAUAAUGACGAUGAUGAUUAAGAUGGAAUGAGGGCUAUGAGGAUGAUGAGACUAUUGAAAAUGUCUUUAUGAGAACUUGAGCUGUUUGAGAUAGUCCCAGCGGUCGGUGGUGGUGUAAAUAAUUUUGUUGUUACAGGUGUAUAGUAGUUUUCCUAUGAUGAAAAAACACAAUGCGCAUCUACAUGUC